AUGUCUGCCGUCCCUUCUUCGACCCUCAACUCACAGGGUUCCGGCGUACGUCAAUCGGCUCGCCAAACGCGGACGAAUCCUUCGCGAACAUCCAAAACCGCCGGACGGUCCUCUUUCGGCUUUGGCCGUGGCUCGGUAGCUGAGAGUCCUGUGACGCCCCCUGUUCCUCAUGGCUUCUAUCCUGCUCUCACUCAUUUUACGGACGCGAUCACCGCCCUUCCGCACGAAUUCCGCCGACACAACUCCCUACUCAAGGAGGUUGAUGCGAAAGCGUGGGCACUCGAAGAAAAUUUGCUGCAGUUGCUCAAGGAUGCCUCGGAGUCGCAGCCAGUGCCCCAUCCUCCAGUCCCGACGCCUAUUGUUGGAGGGGUGGCUCGUGAGGAAUUCUUACCAAAAGACCUUUCUCAGCCUCCCGAGACGCCCGAAAGCCUAAACCGUCGAAUCCUCUUCGAUCGUGUACGACAGAACCUCUCCGAUCUAAUGAUGACAGCGGAUGAGAAGAACCAUGUAAUCUCAAAUGCAAAUGAGGAGCUGGAUCGCCAAAUUUCCCGACUGGAUACUGUAUUCCCAUACAUCGCUGGAGAAAUCAGCGAGGAGGCCCGUCUUGGCAGUCUGACACACUGGGCGUACUCGAACAAGAACACCGCAAAGGCAGCUACCAAUGAGCGACCGCGCCGGGAAGCCGUUUCUCAGCGACAGGAUCUCGCAUACGCACUUCACGAGGCCGAGGCUGCUAGCCGCAGCGAAGCCCGGCGCGAAGCGGUCCAGGCGCGGAAGCAGCAACGCCGGGCGGCCGUUGAUGCUGACUAUGAGGAGGCUCGCGGCGCUCGCAAGACGAAUACCGGAAAAUCUCGUGGUGAUAAUGCGACAGCUGAUCAAGCAAAUAAACGUCGCAGGGUGGAACGGCCCACGGCCGUGGACAUGGGAGCACCUAUGGAACGCUCUGCUAGUGGUACCGGAAGUCAACGAGUGUCGUCAAAAGAUGGCGCAGAAAAGAAGCGAUCUCGUGCCCCGAACGCCAAUGCUGCCGUAGCGCGCAAGAAGCCCAACGCUGCAUCCAACGCUGGCUCCCCCGUGUUGGCCCCUUCGCCUCUUAUCGGAACGUUCAAUGCCCCCCGUGGAGCUGCAAGCCCGGGCCCCAACACCUCUCGCCCACAGUCUUCACGAGCCCAGCAGAAUGCUGGGCAGACGAGCAACGCUCGCCAGCGGCCUACGUCCUCUGCCUCCAAUCGCUUGGGCCAGCCCAACUCCUGUAUGUCUUCCCGCGCGACUUAUUCAGUUACUAGGAUCCUCCUUAAUACUUCUCACUCUUCAGCGAAACCUGCCGAUCCCAGAUCGACACCUCGCGACGGAUCCAUCAAGAACGAGACAGGCAAUGGUGAUAAUCACCGUGACUAUGAUGGUGACACUAUUGGACGCGCCGGUGCCGCAGGAGCUAAGCGCGAUGAUGUGGAUGGACGAACUGUCGAUUCAGUCGAAGCCGAGCCUGCUAAAGGCCGAAACUCCAAAACCUCCACGCCCGUACUAUCUACAUUCAGCGAAACCACGCAGUCACGCUCACGACCCACACGAAGUACAGAUCCCGCGCCGAAGCGGGGUGGCAAGAAGACUUCUGCACCGGCUCCUGUCAUUCCUUCCGACGAUGAAUCUCUUCAUGAGGGUGACGACGAAGAUGAGGAGGGCGAACCGCGGUACUGCUACUGCAAUGAGAUCAGUUUUGGCGAGAUGGUGGCUUGCGACAAUGAUGCUUGCCCUCGCGAGUGGUUCCACCUGGCCUGUGUGGGACUACACAAACCUCCUGGCAAGAAUGUCAAAUGGUAUUGUACCGAGUGCAAGGAAAAUAUGCGGCGGGGUCGCAACGGACGUUAG